GUCGUCAACUUAUACAUAGACUCACCGGUCCACACAGGGGCAGUAAACCCGGGUUUGAAGCUUGUUUGAGGCUGUCGCGACAAAUGUCGCGAUAUCGCUGCCGAGCUGUCAGUUCUGCAUUUUCAUUCCCCCCGUUGAUCUCGUCAGGAACGACGAUAGUCGAACGGAACUUGGACGCAUCGCCUUUGCCUUAUCACAGGCAAGUUAUCCUUGACAUGUCUAUAACUUCUUAUGGAUAUUUUGCAGUUCACGCUGCUUCAAUAUCUGAAAUAUCGACCUUGGCGGAUUUGAAGGCCUGGUAGUCGGUUUAGAUACGAAGUACUGGGUCCGAGGACCAGAAGCGACGCUACGCCCGACUACAUGACCGCCACCUUGUCGACACUGCUGUGCCGACUACGUAGCCUGAGGCUCUCUUUUAUAUUAUAUCAAGGCCGUUCUUUGGAUGCUGUGCUACUUGGCCCGGGUGCCUUCAACCUGCGCGGUUCGAAUCAGACGUCGUUGUUGAUGUGACUCUUGAUCUCACGGGAUUCGCUCAUAUACCCUCGUUUCGAGCUCCCGCCAUCUCUCCUCUUUGUCCUCCGUCCAUGUCCCGCCUCUCCUGACUAUUACGACCCCCUCGACGCGUACCCGCUCUAUACCAAGCUCAUCAGUGCUGUCAGCCAUGCAAGUAGCUCGGCACACCCCCUUCUAUGGCCUCGUACUUCUAUUCUUCAUGUGUUCUGGCGUUCGCGCUGUCAACUUUGACCAAUGUCUCGCGACCAUACAAGCGCUGCCGAAUGGAACAAAAGGUCUCCUCGAUAAUCACGGAAACCCCGUCAGCAUCAGUUCGAACGCUACCGCCAUCUCCUACGACCUCUGCAAGAGCGCAUGCGGCACCGACUCCGGUCCUUUCGAGUGGGCCGUGUUCUCUCAACAGUUCAGCGCUUGGCUCUUACCAUGGCUCGCCCUCAUCUCCCAACUCCCUUUCGGCGCCAAACUUCGGACCGACAACGUCAUGUCCAUGCUUCUCACUGUGGGAUCGCCGGUCCUCGGCGCAUACUCUCUCGCACUCACCGUCUUGAACUCACAGUGGCUGGCGAGGAGGUUCUCGGGCUUUCAGUAUCCGAACCUGCGCUAUACGGUCAGGGCGCUGAGCAGUUUGCAGCAGGUGCCACUGAAGGUGUCGUCGGAGUAUGGGCUGUUGGCGAGUGUGGUGGUCUUGCCGGAGAACGAUGAGUGGUGGAAAGAAUUAGCGGACGGGUUGGAUUAUAUCCAUACGUGGAGUAUUUCGGCGGCAUCAUCCAUCGCAUGGGUAGUGAUUGCCUAUUUGUUCACCGUGAUCGAUUCGUUCUCCAAUGUGACACAGAACAUCAAUUCGAAUGGUCAAGGCGUGGGAUCCGUCUGGCUGUGGUUGCUUCCCAUCGUCAUAGGCUGGCUCCAGGUCUCGCCGAAAUGCGACUUCGACCGUGUUUCUCAAGCUAUGAACAAAGCCAAUAAGAUCGCCUAUCUCGCCACGUCUAACCCGGAUACCCCACAGCUCGCUUCCGCCCGCACAGGCCACCGUGCCUUCACCCUCGAACACUAUCGUUUUGGCUCCGUCCACCGCGACGAAGAAUCAUCAGCCCCCAUCUUCAACUACGCUCGUUUCUUUCCUUGGGUUCACGCGGUGGAACAGGUCGCAGAAGCGUAUCAUAUGGCUUCGGAAAAUGCGUUGGCGAAUAAGCCAGUGAAUGGGUCAAAGGAAUGGAUUGUAGGACAGAUGGGGAAGGUGGCGAAGCCGAACAGGAAGGGGAUCUUGGAGGAUGUGGAGCGGUAUUGUCGGGUCGGUCCUGAUGGGCAGAGGGCGGGGGAACCAGAUGAGGAGGCGGAGAUACGGGAGUGCGCGAACGCGAUCGUGAGGGAGAUGUCUUCGGUUGUGGUCAUCCCGAUAGGCUCAGUCAGUAGCAGGUCGAGUUACCAGGAGAGUAACAAGGGGAAGGAAAGGCAGAGAAAGAUUAGUCGUUGGGGCUCGGAUGUCUGGACGAGGGUUGUAGUGGCCUCCGCGCUGGCUCUGUUCUUACAGUGGGGAACUACCGGCGCUGCAAUCAUUGUCGUCUGGUUCACACCGACGAUGGGCCUUGGUUGUCGCAGCGGAGCCUAUCUCCUCUACGCCCUCGUAUCCACACUCGUCUGGUUCAUCAUGCUCGUCUCCUCCAUCCUCGCCCAAUACGCGCACUUCCCACACGCCCACUCUCACCACCCCCAACUCCGCGUCGUCGUGAACCACACCGCCGCCCGCUUAUCCGUCGCCCUCCGUCGCCUGGGCAAGCUCGCAGCAACACUGAACGCGAUGUGGAUCGUCGUCGCGUGUCUGUUCCAGUUCAGCAGCUUCUUCGAUAGGUGUUGGUGUGAUAGUAGCGUGUUGGGCUUGGGGAGGACGGCGUAUGAUGUGUUGCUGUUGACGGAUGCGGAUCUGGGGCCGUUGAGGGGGGCUUGGAUUGGCGCUAUCGUGCUUGCUCUCGGGAGCGCAGUCGCCUUCGUCGGCGCCCUCAGCCUCGUCAUCAAUCCCCCGCUUCCGAGCUUCUGAUCCUAUUAUACUGUCCCGUGCGCCGCCUCAUACUCGGACUUCCCUUCUUUCACUCUUUCACUCUUUUAUCCAUUAACGUAUUCAUCACAUCACACUAAGACUAUUCUCAGUUAUUCAUAUCGAACGAUGCUUCCUCGUUAUAUCUCUGUACUAAUUAUAUAUUCCCUUACCGGGACCGAUACCGCUCACCAUACACGCUGUGUAGUUGAUUAUUCGUUUG